UCCUGGCCGGGGAGGAAGAGCCAGCAGUGUCUGCCACACACACCUCUGCCUAGGGAAGAAGCAUUUCUGAGUCUGUCGACAGUUUGUGUUUUUGUCUUGGGAGAUUCUAUCUGUUCCUAUCCUCUGCUCAUUUGGCCAUAUUUCCACUUCACUUCCUCAUCACCCCCUUCCAACCCUUUCCUCCUUGCCUCCCCUCCCCGCUUCCUCCCUCCUGGGGACUUCCUCUCUCUCUGCCCACAGACACCCCACUUCUCGGCGAAUUGUGCAGAGCGAUUGGGUUCUCACUCCUCUGCCUUCUCACCGGCCCUGCAGCUGCUCCGGACAGGACCAAGUAAAGGUAUGAUUUAAGUCUGGAUGAAAUGAGAGCUUUGACAUUUCAGAGAGUGACGUUUACCAUGGGUCUACCUCUGUUAAAACGUGCAAUUCAGGAACAGGCAGAGAAAACAAAGAAUUUUAUCAGCCGAAGCCUUGUCAUAGGAGAAGUCCUCUCCACAGCGGACAUGGCCACCGGGGUAAAGUGUGGAAUAAUUUAUUGGCUAUUUGGAGGUGCAAUCAGGAACCUUGGAAGCCCAGGACAUGUAACUAAGUGGCUUCAGCCUCUCCAGGAGCAGAAAUACAGCGGGAUGUUCGCAAUGACUGAGAGAGGCCACGGGAGCAAUGUGAGAGGGAUCCAGACCGAAGCCACCUUUGACCUCUCUGCCCAGGAGUUUGUAAUCAACACACCGUGUGAAAAUGCUGAGAAGAUGUACAUCGGAAAUGCCAUGUACGGGAAUUAUGCAGCGGUCUUUGCCCAGCUCAUCAUAAAUGGAAGAUCUCAAGGGCCCCAUUGUUUCAUCGUUCCUGUCCGGGAUGAAGACGGAAACUUGUACCCCGGAGUAACGGCUAUUGAUAUGAUGUACAAAGAAGGUCUGCAUGGUGUGGAUAAUGGGAUUUUAAUUUUUGACAAGGUUCGGAUACCAAGGGAGAACCUGCUGGAUAAGUUCGGUUCCGUGACUCCAGAAGGGCAGUACCAUUCCCGUAUUAAGAACAAGAGCGCGAGAUUCAACGCGAUGCUGGCAGCACUGACCCCUUCGAGAUUAGCUGUGACUUUUCAAGCAAUGGGUGCCAUGAAGCUUGGGUUGACGAUAGCCAUUCGCUAUAGCCACAGCCGGAGGCAGUUUGGGCCCAAAGCGAAGGAAGAGGUCAAGAUCAUUGAGCACCAAACGCAGACCCUUCGGCUGAUGCCGCACCUGGCCACGGCCUUGGCCCUGACCUUCGCCAGCAGGUAUGCCGGGGUCCUCCUGGACGAGGAUGUCUUCCACGGGAAGGAGCUGGUGGACAGUCGCCCGCUGCAGGCGCUGGUGGCGGGGCUGAAGGCCUAUAGUACCUGGGAGAACAUCAGAUGCCUGCAGGACUGCCGUGAGUGCACCGGAGGCAUGGGUUACAUGAUGGAAAACCGAAUCUCCGGCUUGAAAUGUGACACAGAUGUGUUUGUAACUUUUGAAGGUGACAAUGUUGUUCUGCUGCAGGUGGUGGUGCGGGAACUGUUGGCUCAAUACACCAAACAGUAUGAAGAAAGACCGAUCACUAGCCUGCUGCAGAGCUGGGCUGAGUCUGGGGGAGACAAGCUGAGAACCAGUUUCCUGGCAUUUAACAUGGACACAGUCGGUAAUCUCACCUUUCUGUUGAAAGCAGUGAAUUUUCGUGAAAGGGUUCUCCAGCGGAGUUUGGUGGCCAGAAUUCAUUACAAGGUGAUGACCAAGAAGGAGGACUUUUUCAGUGCCUGGAACUCAUGUCUCCAUCACGUUGCCUCCCUGUCUCUGGCCCACAUCCACAGAGUUACUUUAGAGCAGUUCUCGCUGGCAGUGAGGCGCUGUCCCGACCAAGAGGACCAGGCCUUGUUAAUGAAGUUUUGUCUGUUAUAUGGAACCAGGCUGGUGUUCCAGGAGCGAGCCUGGUAUCUGGAACAUAAAUAUUUGACUCCCAGAGCCAGCAUGAGGAUCAGGACUCAGUUGCUGGAUUUGUGCGACUCAGUGAAGGAUGAUGCCCUGAGGGUGAUCUCCGCCUUUAACAUUCCACACACCUCCCUCCACGCACCAAUUGCCGGAAUCACCAACCCGCUGGCCGCCUGGGCCUUCUACCCUGCGCCGCUGCUAUCCCCGGCCCGGGAAGGGGCGCGCUCUCGGCGGCCCAAGCUGGAAGCCAAGUUAUAGCGGGCGUGGCGGGAAGGGUGGUGGCCCGCCCGCAGCUGCCACGACACUCGCUUUUCUGACGCCUGGAGCUGGGGCCGAGGCCGGGCUGGCACACGCUGGGCGGUGGCCCUCGGGGAUUUUGGUCGAGGAGCCGGGGUCGGGCUGAGGCUGGCGAGGCGCGCGGCGGGCUGUUGGGAAAGGGAGCCAGGCGGCCGUUCCGGGAGGGCCACGCUUUAUCCUCUCCCGCCUGGCCCAGCAGCGACCUCUCUCGGUUUAGGCGCUGGAUCCCCCUAAACAGCGUGGGCUCCCCCGAGAGCGCUCCCCACAGCCGGGUACCACCAAAGGUCUCCCGCUGUUAGCGGUGACUCAGAUUCCCAGUGAUUUUGAAAAACUGUGACGCUGGGUGAAAAAAAAAAUCAAAGCACAAAAAAUCAAAACACCCGCGGGCAAAGGUUCAGUUCAGCAAAGUGAUGCUUUCCCUGUGAAUCAGACCUUUUUGGGCUCUGCGAGGAAACGCACGGGCGGGGAAAGGGCAGUGUGAAGCUGGAGUUUUGCUCUCCGCAGAGCACGAACUUGGGCUCGUCCUCCCAGCCGGGCGGCUUCCGGACCGCAAGGCAACGCGCGGAAAACAUUUUUACCAUACGAAAUUGUAAUCUAUUCUUUAGAAGAGCAGAGAUACAAAGUUUAAUAAACAAAUUAAGCGAUGGAAAGGCGAUCCUGCUGCUUGCAGAGGACGGGGAGGGGGCCAGGGCAAUACGCUGCAAUAAGUUGGUUUCGGAACUUGGAAAGAUCACAAGCGGCGACGCCUGCGGUCCCAGCGAGGGCCGUAGAUUUCCCAUUGCUCAGGUCCCGGGUGCCCGACUUCAUUCUCGCUCCUUUCUCUCAGUCUGAACCAUUCUCCUUCCUCCCUCUCCACAUUUCGCGGCAGAGGCAGGAGUGGGCACCGCUCUGCUCAAGUCCAAAAGGGCGACAUUCAGGACCGGAGCGAAGGUCUAAGGCCCACCUGCCCUUCCCACUCUGCCUCUUCUCUGGGCUCAGGGCCAGUUUCAGGAGGCCCUCCCGACGCUGCAGGAGAGGGCGGGAAGGGCUCGCGGUCACCCAACUCGGGGCCCUCGACCGAAGCUCCCCAGCACAGUCUGGGGUGCAUGAACAGCCGCCUCCGAGCCGACCUCCUCGUUGUGCCCCAAAUAAGAGCGCUCAACCGGUUGCUUUCCCCGACGCCUUUGUUUUUCAAAGUGUUCACAGGGUCGCUAGAGCGGACGACGCGGGGGCGGUGGAGCUGCACAGAAGCAGACGACAACUACCAGGGCUUUUUUCUGCGUGGUUCUUUUCCGGUCCCCGUCUGAGUCGUCCAACCCCACCGAAAGCGCGGAGCACUCGCGAGCGCGGCUGGUUUGGAGCUCCCAGCGGACGCAGCAGGUCCCGUUGCUUCCCGGCGAGCGCCACGCCGGGCGGCGAAGGCACAAGAGCUCGCCUGCGGCCGCCACCUACCAUCCGCGGGCGGGAGCUCCAAGCGCGGUUGGGGUAGAUCUCCGGCCUCUGCGUUCACUUCGCCGCGUCCCCACCCAUGCCCUUUCCCUCCUGCAGCGAAAUCCCCAGGCGGAGCCCGGAGCGCGUCCUCGAGCCCCUCCAGGAACCCCUGGUCUCCUUCACUUCGCUCAGGACUCGCCGGAGGAUGCACUAAAGACUAGCUUAGGACUUUGCUGUCUCGUUGACGUUCUAUAUCUGGCCAGACGACGGGACAAUACCUCGCUGACUUACCCCUCAGCACCGAGGACCUUUCCUUCUCCGUUCCAGGGUGCGGGUUAGAGUGGCUCUUAUAUUGAGUUUCUAUAAUUCGUCUAGCCUGGUCUCCCCCGUGGCGGAAUGUUCCAUCUCCCGGCCGACCUUGUCUUCACUCCCCAGCCGCGGCUGUCUCAAAGCCGGAGGAGCGCAGGAGGAGAGUAGGGGCGCGGAUGCAGGACACGCAUUGGGAGGCAGAUGGGGGCGCGCACGGAGUUUGGUCCCCCAGGGAAGGAAUGGGCGUGGGGCCACGGACUCCAGGGGAAGGGGGAUGGGGGCAGCAAGGAGGAGGAGUGGGAGGUAUUGCGCUCCCCAGGCCGCUCUCCACUCGCCGUCCAAAACCCGCUGCGCCGCCUUCACUGGCCUCAGCCCGCGCCGAGGGACGGUUCCUGGGCUGUUCCCUGAGAGCCCAACAAAUCUUGGGGAUCCCAACCGACCAGAGGCACCACCCUCUCUCCCACCUGGAGGCCGCGACUCUUCUUGGUCCUUUCUUUUUUUUCUUAAAAGGAUUUUUUUCGAGUUCUUUUUUCAUUUCCCUAUUUUACCUGCUCUGCGCACACUCGCUUCCCGCCUCGCACCCGAGCUACGCCUCCGUUAAUCGCUCCUUGCCUGUUUCUCGACUCUCCCCACUAAGGGGUCUGCCUCUUUGCCGGAGGUUCGGCGCGCGAGAAAGCUAGGUGCCACUGCGCGGUGGCAUGAGUUCUAAGAGUACUGCUUGAGGCGAGGGCGAGGAACAUGAGCAGCAUGCAGGUCGGGGUCCCGCCGGGAGCCCCGGACUCUAGAGGGGAGGAGAGCUCGGAACCCCCUGCUCAACCUUGGAUCCGCGCGUUCUCGGGGACGAACCCAGUCCCCGCGCCUGCCCCAGAUGGCUGAGGGAGAAACUCCCGCAGCCGAACAAGGGCUCAGCGGCGCCUCCUGAGGUUUUCCGCGGGCGGCAGAGGCCGGCCCGGCUCAGAGUGCGCCCGGAGCGCCCCCUCCGUUCCACGCGCGCGCCGCGGCCGCCGCUGGAUGGGGGAGAGGCGAGGGCACACUCUGGAGAGGGGGAUGGGUGCGCACCAGCCGCCAGCAGCCCAAGUCACUCCAGUAAACACGCCCAGCCGGGGCAGGGCUGGCGGCGCGCGCAGAGGGGAAUCCGGCGGAGCCACCCCCGCCUUUACCUGUCGGAGCCUGCACGCGCCGGCGGCCGCGGCGCCGCGGGGGCGGGACUUGCCUGCCCGCGCGCGGGGGCGGGACCUCGCGGGGGCGGGGCGCACGGUGAUUGGGCGCGGGCGCGGGGCCGCCAGUCUGAGCUGGGCUGCAGGGCCGCACAGGUUUCACUUCGCUCCGCGCAGCCUCCAGGUCUGGAUCUUGUAGGAGCGCUCGGUCCACUGUCGCCGCUAACGCCGCCGCUACUGCAUUUUCGCAGCCGCCUUGCGUGCCCUGCCCGCCUGCGGUCGGCAUCGCCCCGGGCUGUUCGGUUCGCCCAGCUCCCGCCGCCACCGCCCCGGCGCUCUUCCCCUGGCCCUCGUCCCCCCAAUGUCUGACUCUGACUCCCGGACUGAGAAACGCAAG